GCUCUCCCACUAAAAAAAAAUUAGUGAAGAAAUAUCAAAAUUGAAUAUAGAGAGAGGAGUAUCUUAUUAUAACAGGUCAAACACUUUAUAAUGUUUCUACGAACUCAAGCUAGAGUUGGGUUAUUUCGAUAUAAACCAUUAUCUCAUCGAACCAUCCAAUUAACUCCCAGAAGAUCCUUGAAUUUAGCUUCUAGAUUAAGUGGGAUCCAAAAUUAUGGAUUCAUUAUCAAUGUAUUUUCAGGAGCUUAUUUAGGAGGAUUAAUCGUAUCACUUGGAUCACUUUAUUUCCUUUAUCAUGAUGCCAACGAGAGACAGAACAUUCCAUUCUGGGACUUGAGUUUUCAACAACAAAUCACUUGUGUUAAAGCUAUCAAUAAAGAUGAUGUUUUAAGAAGUCCAAAAUAUGCUGUUAAACAUUAUAAACGUUUGUUAAUUGAAUUAUAUAAGCAAGAGAACCCUAAUGUUGAAAUAGAUGAAACACAAUUCGAAGUUCCAUUACUUAGUUCUGAAGUUUUACUUUAUCAAAAAUCAAACAACUUUGCUAACUUUUAUAUCGAUAUGAUUUUAAGAUAUAGUAAAGCAUUAUUAGCCAAAAGUCAGCUAGAUGCCUCGAUUCAUAUGUUAAGCUCAGUUAUCAAUGAUGAUGAAUUAUUCUUCAAGUUGGGUGAUACAGAGAAAUUAUCGGAAUGUUGUCGAUUAUUAAGUAGAGUGUGUCCUGAUGAAGAAGAUAGAAUCGAAUAUUUGAAGAGAUCAAUCUUAAAUAUAGCAAAGACAUUCCCUGGUAGUAUCAAGAUCAAUGCUGAUUAUCUCAUUCAGGAUAAUUCUUUAGUCACUGAUGAAUUAAUCAAAUGUCUUAAUGGUUUAGCUUUUAACUUAGUUAAGACUGGACAAUCUAAUGAAAGUUUAAAUAUCUACUUAUCUAACUUAAAACUAUUAUCAAACAUUAAAUCAACCUUAACUUCAGGUGACAAGAACCAAUCCAACUAUCCAUAUUUAAAUGUUGAUGAAGAAAACUUACAAGUAUUGAUGGUCACAAUUAAAUCCUAUAUAAGUGAAAUCUUAUGGCAAAAAGGGUAUAAGAAGAAUUCUAUUUCUUGGAAUGAAGAAAUCAUUGACGAAUGUUAUUUCGCCCAUAACAACUCUCAACAGCUUUCCAUCAUAUUGAAUCAAGUGUUAAAGAAUUUAAUCAUCAUGUAUGAUUCCAUUAAUGACGUCCUUGCAAAACAAAGAUGUGAAAAAUUACAACUGGAAUUAACUAAUUUUACCGAUACAAGUAAGGCUCAUGAUUGGUAUUUUAGUUUGAUUAAUAGAUUCAGUAGGAUCAUCUAUCAUCGUGGUCCAUUGGGAGUUAUUGAAAAACCAUUAUUAGAAAGAUUUGGUGGAGCAGUUAAAUUACCUGAAAUUGAAGAAAUUGAAGAAGAAGAUGUAGAAUAGGUUGUUAAAGUAUAUAGGUUUGAUGCAAAAUGUCUUGUAAAUAAUAAUAAAUGUCGCAUUAAAAUACAUGAAACAAGUAAAAUGUCGGUGAACUGAA